UAAUCGACAAUCGUUUCGAUCAUUAUUGAUGAUGAUGAUGAUGAUGAUGAUGAUGAUUGUUUUUUUUUACUGAAAAUCGGUAACAAUCGAAUUCGAAUACUGAAACGAACGAUACGAUUCGUCCAUCACAACCGAAUGUCCACAAUUAUUAAUGAGCUGCUUAUUUGGUUUGCCGGUAAUUCUGUGUCAAACAAAACAGAAACAAAAGUGGAACAUAAAAAUGAAAAUCGAUAGUGAUAAUGUAAAUGAAUUUAUAGCCGAAUUGGCACCGAUGAAAGAAUUGAAAUUUUGGCAUGAUUUUAUCGCUAAUCUAUUGUGUGGGCAAAAAACAUCAUCAUCCACUAAAGGUUAUGAUGACAUCGAAUUCCAGUUAAAUCCACCGCCAUUGGUAUUGAAUAAAAAAGCACCGGAUAAACAAAAAGCUGUACGAAUAUUGUCACCAAUACCACCAUCACCACCACCACCACCAGCAACAUUAGUUGCAUCGAAUCAAAAGAUCACGAUUCAAAAACCAACGAUUCCACCGAAACCUAAAUGUAUUCAAACACAUCAACCAUCAAACACUAAUGCUUCUAUAUCUAAUAAAACGAUUAUAUAUCAUUAUUUACCACCACCACGUGUACGGAUAAAAUUUGGACGUAAAAUAACUACAACACGAACUUGGAUUCCACCGCCGCCACCACCACCAUCAUCAUCUCAUAGAGUUGAAAUUGAACAACAGCAGCAAGAAGAAAAACCGCCAUUAACCAGGCAAUUCAAUCGACAAUUAUCCGAAAUUUUUUCAUUACAAAAGCCAUUAUAUUCAACAAUAUUUAUACCGAAAACGCGAAAUAAAAUUUCAUCCACGACAACUACAACGACGACGACGACAACAAAUCAAAGAAAUAAAUCUGACAUAUUCGUUGUGAAUGCAAAUAAUCAAUAUCAUCAACGAUUUCUUAAUCAAUCGUCAUAUUUUUUACCCAUACAAAAUUCAAUCACUUGUAAUCCGCAUCAUCAUUGGUGGUUAUAUGAUCAAAAUUAUUAUUCAUCAACAAUAAUGGGUGGAGAAGAUGAUACAUUAACACCGGCUACAGCGACAACAGCAACGGUUACACCAACCAAUGAUCCUGAUGAUGAAAAAACAUUGAAUAUAAAAGAUGAAAUUGGUGAUAGCAAUGUAUCACAAGCUAUCAUGAAUGGGAAACAAAUUGCUGGUGAUGAUGAUGAUGAUGAUAAAUCGCAUUGUGGCGAUGAUGGUUGCAAUGCUGAUGUGGAUAAAUCUGAUUUAAAAUUCAAAUCAAAAGAAUCAUCAUUUGAAGACGCCACCAAAGUUGAAAUUGAAUCACAAAAACAAAAAUCAUCUGAAUCUAUGAAUAAUAUUCCUUCAAAAUUACAAUUUGAAUCCAAAUCAUUAUCACCAAUGACAGCUGAUAAACCACCAUUACAACGUAGUCUUUCAGAACCAGUUGCUGAACAAUCUACAACCGAUACCAUUAAUGGUCAUAUGUUACAAAAAUCACCAAGUAGACCAUUGUUUACAUCAUCAUCAUUUUAUGAUCCUGAACAGCAUCCAACAUUGGAAGAACAGGUAAAAUUAUGUCGUGAAAUUGCCAAACAAUUAGUAUCGGAUAAAUGUGAUAAUAGUAAAAAUAAAGGUCGAAAAAUGUUUGAAAAACGUGUAGAAAAAUCAACACAAUGGAUAACAGAGAAUGAAGAUUCAUUUCAAAAUUAUCAACCAAAUGAAGAUCAUGAUUAUCAUGAACGGACAAUAACUGAUGGUCCACCAAAUCUACGUCUUCUAUUGGAUCCAAGACAUGUGGAUGACAUCAACACCGUACAAGGCGUAAACGAGCACAUAAUCAUUACACAGGAAGCAAAAACACGUGACACGUGUAAAAAUAUUGUCAAUGAUUUGACAUCGCCUGAAGUGAAUCCAACACGUGGUAAAGCAUUGUUUACAAAACGUCAACAAAAAUCUGAACAAUGGAUUGUCGACAAUAAUAAUGUUACCGAUGCUGUAAUUGAUGCUGCACGUGAUAAAUUAUUUCGUAAUGUUAAACAACAAUCAUUGUAUGGCUUUGGUGGUGGUAUUCAACAACCACAACAACAACAACAACGAUCAUCACCACAACAAUAUUGGACAUCAACAUGGCAACAACAACAACAACAAUGGUCAACACAAUCAUCACCGAUACGACGAUGCAGCAAGCAUCAACAUUCAUGUUAUUCACGAUUACAAAUACCUGGUCCGGUAUUUUCACCAUUAACACUUUCACCAAUAUCAUCACGUCCAUCAAGUUCAAUGUCAUUACGAUUUCGUGAUUUUAAUGCACGUGCUAAACCAUUUUGUCGUGCAUAUUGAUAAUCAUAAUCUAACCU